AUGACACGAGAAGAUGGAAGAUCGGAUGAGGAAAGUCAAAGUGAAGGAAAGAAGGUUCAUCAGUUCAAUUGUGCCUUUUAUAUCUUUUCUGUCGUUGAUGGUAGAAGUGAUAGAGGGAGUAAUCUGAAUCAGUUGAGUUCUUCACGAGGGAUAGUUGUUGAUGAUUUCGAUCACAUUUACAUUGCAGAUAGUGACAAUCAUCCCAUGAUGCGCUGGCGCAAAAGAAAAGGCGAAGGUGUGGUCAUCAUCGGCGGACAUGGUCUCAGAAAAGAACCAAAUCAACUGGUUGAACCGGAUAAACUAUCACUUGAUGGUCGAGGACACCGUUAUGUAUGCGACUGUAAACCUAGUCGUGCCGGAAGAUUUGAUUUAAUUUGUUAA